AUGACGCAUCCGAACUAUUAUGUGAAGGUUCUAAUAGCUGUGGGAUUGUUUUUGGCUGGACAAACACUGAUGUCAUGGAGAAGUUUCUUACAAAUGAGCGAGUCCAAGAUGACAGUCGAAGCAGAAGUUCAGAUGCUAAGCAGAAAAAAAGACAAUCUUCUAGAAAGAAUUCAUGAAUUAGAAAGAGACAAACAUCGACUGGAGAUACAGGAGGAUAAACUAGACUUGCAGUAAGUUCUUCUGUUUGUUACCUAUUUUUUACAAUCUAGAGUCCGAGAUCUACAGGACAUGAACAGAGAACGAUUGCAUCUGCCUUUUAUCUUUUUUAUUACACCAACAAAGAGAACACCAACUCAAAAAGCCGAUCUCACAAGACUGCUUCACACCUUAUCUUUUAUCCCUAACUUAAUUUGGAUAAUCGUGGAGGAUUCAGCUCAAACCUCACCUUUAUUAGAUGACAUGUUGAAAGACUCUAAGGUUAAGGUUGUGCAUUUGAAUUCUGAAACACCAGAGAACAUGCGAUUGUCGGAAAAAGAUCCGAAUUGGAAAAAACCUCGAGGCGUUGUUCAGAGAAAUACAGCAUUGGACUGGAUUAGGUAUGUCAAUGAUGACGUCUUUAACUCUGUGAUUUAGGACAAAUUAUAUGAGCUUACGCAAGGGAGUCGUAUACUUUGGGGACGAUGACAAUGUCUACAGCUGGGAAUUGUUCGAAGAAAUAAGGAAGGUUAGCUUGGUUGGGGUUUGGCCUGUAGGUUUAGUUGGAAGUCAAUUGGUGGAGACGGCGAUAAUAGAGAAUGGACGGAUCAAAGGUUUUAACUCAAUUUGGAGGAACGACAGACCCUUUCCUAUCGAUAUGGCCGGGUUUGCUGUUAACAUUACUUUACUUUUGGACUUUCCCAAAGCUGAGUUUUCCUUCGAUGUUCCUCGAGGGUUCCAGGUAUGUUUUACACAUUAUGUUUGCAAUUGUUGUUUACGUUAAUCUUGAUAUAAAGUCAAAGCAGUAUUUAAUGCUAUAACUUCAGGAGUCCCAUUUCUUGUCAGGUUUGAAUUUGACAAGAGCAUCUUUGGAGCCUUUAGCAGAAUAUUGUACAAAAGUCUUAGUAUGGCAUACACGAACUGAAAAGACGAAGCUGUCUAACAACGAUUGGAAGAGAUUCGCUAGUCAUAAUUUGACAGAUUUGGAAAAGUCUGCCGUAUUUUAA